AACUCACCUCUUCACAUCUUUUCCCCCCAAUCUUUGAGCUACUUUAAUUUUCUCAUAGCCAAGAAUUUUGUUCACCAACUUCAGAGUGUCUAGGAAGUUCAAACAGAUGGACAAAAUGAAGUCAAGGAUUCUUGUAUUCGCCAUCGUCCUCAUUAUGAUCACCUCUGCGAUGGGGGACGACGACUCCAGUUUUUGCGAUGGGAAAUGCUCGGUUCGGUGCUCCAAGGCGGGGCGGCAGGACCGGUGCCUCAAGUACUGCGGGAUAUGCUGCGAGAAGUGCCAUUGCGUGCCGUCGGGGACAUAUGGGAACAAGGACGAGUGCCCUUGCUAUAGGGACAUGAAGAACUCCAAGGGGAACCCCAAGUGCCCUUGACUGCCUUCAACUAAUGUGUGUUCAUCUAUAUGACACACCAAUCAGUAAUUUAUUUGGGGCUGUGAAAUACUACACAUCAUAUCAUAUAUAUAUGUAAAAUGGUACAAUUAGAUUGCCUAUAAUAAUAAUUGGAUAGAGUGAUCAAAAUUGUAUUCCUUACAGACCUAUAUAUGCAGUGAAGGGCUGGAAAAAGUUUCUCUCUCGUAUUUA